AUGCGAUGUCACCAAAACUAUGGCAAAGUUGUCGGAUUCUACGAGGGCCUGAAACCUGCCCUAUCAAUCACCGAUCCGGAGCUCAUACGCCAAAUACUGAUCACCAAGUUUCAUGAUUACCCCACACGACGAGUAUGGGCGGCCGAUUCCGAGCCCCUGUCAAACGGCCUGUUUUUCUUGCCGUACGAGCGCUGGAAACCGGUCCGUCGGCUACACUCGCCGGCGUUCACCAUCGGUCACAUGCGGGCCCAGACCCAGAAAAUUGGCGACACCUGCGCCCGUCUGUGUUGCCGGUUAGACCGGGCGGCCGACAGCGCCCGGGCCGUCGACUUUCGGCACGCGUACGACGCCUACACCUUCGACGUGAUCACCAAAACACUCGCCGAUUACGACACAAACGCCGUCGACAGGCCGGACACCAACCGCCUGUUUCACUCGCUACUGGGUAUCUUUCAAAAUGACCAAGGUUGGCGCGAAAAGCUGGUGUAUUACGUGCCCGGGGUGCGCCUGGUUGUUGAUCUGGCCUUUUUUGUACGCCAGGCGCAGAGUUUAAUCGCCGACGCGUUGGGUGCGCUCAUUGGCGAUAGAGUGAGCGCCAAUCGCCGGGUGCCCGACCUGUUGCAGAAUCUGGUCGACGCCAGCGUUUGGGCCGAUGGCUACCCAACCGGCGAUAAGUUUGGCCAGUAUUUUGUCGACAAUAAUAACAAUGAUAAAAAUAAUAAUCAAGCGACUAAAAAAUUAACCGAGGUGGAAGUGUUUGGCCAGUGUAUGAAUAUGCUGGCCGCUGGCCAGGAGACGGCCGCCUCCCAGUUGUGUCUAUUAACUCGCGUACUGGCACUCGAGCCCCGGUACCAAACGGCGCUCGUCCGGGAGAUACGACAGACACUGUACACUACGGACAAUCGGCUCGACAUUGAUUACGAUAAAUUGCUCACAAUGCCCAUGCUCGACUCGUUCCUGAAAGAGGGUAUGCGAUUGUACUCGGCGGCAUCUAGAAUCGAGAGAAAAACUACCAGGGACAUGGUAUUCAAUGGUCUACAUUUGCCUAAAGGCACCCACCUUAUAAUGCCCAUAUGGGCGCUCCACACCGACCCGGACAACUUUGCCAACCCCCUGGAGUUUAAGCUAGGACGUUUUUUGCCAAAAAACUCAGUUAAGAUUAAGCCCUAUACUUACCUGCCGUUCGGCACCGGCCCUCGCAAUUGCAUUGGUAUGCGAUUGGCUGUAUUGGAGAUCAAGUAUACGUUGGUACAGCUGCUGGACAAAUACGAGUUUGUGCCAUGCGAUUCAACCAAG